AUGUCAAAACAGCCCGCAAGGUCGGAUGCCGUGGCUUCCGAGCGCGUGGCCUUCGGCACUGGCGCGUCUGGCUACGAUGCAGACUUAUACGAUGACCUUGGACCGAAAUCGCAACGCCAAGGAUACGUCACAUCCAUUGAUCCCGUCACCAACUCGGCAGACGACCAGGAUGCUCUGCAAGUUGCGCAACAACAUGCAAUUGACCCAAGAAGCUUCCCCAUCACCGCUCCGCGCCAUCUUAUCGACGAAGCCGAAGCUGCCGCGGCAGUCUUGCAUACGGACGAUCCUUUCAAGCCAUAUGUACCGAAAACCAUCGCGGAACAGGAAAAUUCAUAUUUAGCUGGCAGAAGAAAAAGGCUACAGACCGCGGAGAAAGGUGAGGCCGCGGAAAGGAUGAAGCAGCGCAUAUGCGAGCGUGAAGAGGCUCAGCGUAUACAAUCAGGCGCGUCCGCCGACGAUAAGGGCAACACCGCUAACCCGUCACAGUCUACCCAUGUGAGCAGUGCUUUGAAUUCCAGUUCAGCGACGGAAUUACCGAAACCGCGACAGAAGCGCCGCCGCCGCUGGGAUGUGACUCCCGAGAUUGUUGCAGAGGAGGUCCAAGGACAGGCCCCGUUCGUAGCACCUGAGUCCAUGAUGGAUCUGGCUGUGCCUGUCGAAGACUCGCUGCCCCCGUCAGCUGAAAGACCACCGACAGUGCCGGCUGUGCCCGUGAGGACAUCUCGAUGGGAUGCACCCGCUUCUGCGACCCAACCGCUGUCGAGGUCGCGAUGGGACGCCACGCCAGCCUCCAUGUCUACUACCCAGGGCCCCGCGAAGAGGUCGCGAUGGGAUAGGACACCAAAUGUGCAGUCUGCAUCGAUAUUCCAAACUCCGAUGACAAAAACCGGGUCCGCUAUAUUGGAUACACCCAUGCUGGGAAAUGGAUCGCUUGCGCCAGAGCUGCUUCAUGCUUCAAGAUGGCAAGCAGAUAUUGACAUACGAAACAAACCGUUCACAGAUGAGGAGCUUGACAGAAUGUUACCUUCAGACGGAUACACAAUCCUUGAGGCUCCUGAGUCAUACAAGCCGAUACAGACGCCUGCUCGCAAGCUGCUUGCAACCCCGGUGAUGUCCGAACCCUCCGUCUACGUCAUGCCUGCUGAAGGAGGGAUGUCGCGGGAGGGACUUGGUAUUCCAGCAGAAAUGCCAGAGGCAUUACGGGGGUUGGAUAUGAAGCCAGAAGACUACACAAACUUUGCAAGCAUCCUCGAUAAGAAUGCAGGAGACGAUGACAUCCCCGAAGAGCAAAGGGUGGAAAGACGAAUCAUGCGACUUCUCUUGAAGAUUAAGAACGGGGCGCCAUCUGUGAGAAAAGUGGCAAUGCGUCAGAUAUCUGAGAAAGCCCGAGACUUCGGACCUGCACGUCUUUUUAAUCAAAUCUUGCCUCUCCUUAUGUCGCCUACCCUCGAACAUCAGGAACGGCAUCUUUACGUGAAAGUCAUUGAUAGAAUUCUUUACAAGCUGGAUAAUCUCGUAAGGCCGCAUGUGCAUAAGAUUCUUGUUGUUAUUGAGCCGAUGUUAAUUGACGACGAUUACUACGCUCGAGUCGAAGGACGCGAAAUCAUAUCGAAUCUAGCCAAGGCGGCAGGGCUGCCAACGAUGAUUAGCACAAUGCGACCAGAUAUUGACCACCAAGACGAAUUUGUACGGAAUACGACUGCGAGGGCAUUUGCGGUGGUUACUUCUGCCCUUGGGAUUCCGUCGAUGCUCAAGUUUCUAAAGGCAGUCUGCCGAAGCAAAAAAACGUGGGAAGCGAGGCACACAGGCACGAAAGUAGUCCAGCAGAUUGCGAUUUUAAUGGGGGUCGCCGUUCUUCCGCAUUUGCGAGAGCUGGUCGAAAUCAUUGAGAUAGGUUUGACUGACGAACAGGGAAAAGUGCGUCUAAUUACAGCCUUUGCUCUGGCAGCUUUGGCAGAGGCUUCCGCACCCUAUGGGAUUGAAUCUUUUGAUUCUGUAUUGAAGCCUCUGUGGCAAGGAAUUCGAUUGCAUAAGGGCAAAACGCUGGGGGCUUUCUUGAAAGCGAUCGGGUUCAUCAUCCCAUUAAUGGAUCCCGAAUACGCCAAUUACUAUGCGAGGGAGGUGACAACGAUUCUAAUACGAGAGUUCCGCUCUCCAGAGGAAGAAAUGAAGGUGAUAGUUCUGAAAGUUGUGAUGCAGUGUGUGUCUUGUUCCGGUGUUGAGCCAAAAUAUGUCCGUGAAGAGAUCGUUCCAGAAUAUUUUCGAUGCUUCUGGAUUCGACGGAUGGCCUUAGAUCGGCGUAACUUUCGGGCGGUUGUCGACACAACAUUGCAGAUAGCCAUCAAGAUUGGGGGGGGCGAUGUUAUCGCGCGAUUAACGGACGAUUUGAAGGAUGAAUCUGACCCGUACCGACGAAUGGUAGUCGAAACAAUUGAGAAAGUGACGGAGAAACUCGGUCUUUCUGACGUUGACAAGGGACUCGAAUCUCGCUUAAUAGAUGGACUUCUAUACGCGUUUCAGGCACAAGGCCAUAGCAAUGAGAGCGGUGGUGUCUUGCGCGCUUUGUCCAUAGUUGUGGAAAGAUUGGGGAUACGUGCUAAAUCGUACUUGGAACAAAUCAUUGGUAUUGUUAAGUGGCGAUUGAACAACCCGAGCACAAGGAUUCGGGAACAUGCUGCAGACCUGAUAUCUAGAAUUGCGGCGGUCAUGAAAGCUUGCGACGAGGAACCACUGAUGGCCCACAUGGGGACGGUGUUAUUUGAAUAUCUUGGCGAAGAAUUUCCGGAUGUCUUAGGAUCCAUUCUGAGGGCAAUGAAAGCUAUCGUGGAGGAGAUCGGCAUUGAUCAGAUGCAACCACCGGUAAAUGAGCUACUGCCUCGUCUCACGCCCAUCUUGAAAAAUAGACACGAAAAGGUGCAGGAGAACUGCAUCCUUGUGGUUGGAAGGAUCGCUAGCAAAGGAGCACAUUUUGUUUCUGCCAAAGAGUGGAUGCGCAUAUGCUUUGAAUUGCUUGAACUGCUCAAAGCACCGCGCAAAGCAAUUCGCAAGUCAGCGGUUUCCACGUUCGGAUUCAUUGCGAAAGCGAUUGGCCCCAGUAAUGUGUUGACGACCUUGCUCAAUAAUCUUAAGGUUCAGGAAAGAACGCAACGCGUCUGCACAACGGUCGCGAUUGCAAUAGUUGCCGAGACAUGUGAGCCCUAUACGGUGUUACCGUCACUGAUGAAUGAGUAUAGAAUUCCCGAACUACACGUUCAAAAUGGCAUACUGAAGUCGCUCUCAUUUCUCUUUGAGUAUAUUCGCCACAUGGCCGGGGACUACAUUUACGCCGUGACGCCAAUCCUUGAGGAUGCAUUAAUUGACCGAGAUCUUGUUCAUCGACAAACAGCGUGUUCAGCCGUGGGCCAUCUGGCAUUGGGUGUGCGAGGUCUUGGAGCAGAGGAUGCUUUGACCCAUCUAUUGAAUCAUGUUUGGCCGAAUAUCUUCGAGACAAGUCCCCAUGUAAUCAACGCUGUGAUGUUCGCCAUACAGGGUCUUACGGCUGCCCUGGGUCCAGGGCUUAUGCUCCUCUACGUCCUGCAAGGGCUAUUUCAUCCUGCCCGGAAAGUACGGGAAGUAUACUGGCGAAUAUAUAAUAGGCUUUACAUUUACGCACAAGAGGGUCUUGUCCCGUUCUAUCCAAGCAUGCGAUGUGCCUUGCUCGAGGAAGACGACGACGAAUACGGGCCAGAACGAUACGAACGCUCAGAGCUUUUGAAUAUCAUUUAA